CUUCGACACAUGGAAAUUCGAUUUGAACGCGAUGCGCGAGCUGGUGCUGGACGGCGCGGACGCCAUCGCCGACAGCUUCUUGACGCCCGGCGUCGCCGUCGACAUCAUCGUCUGGACCGAUGCAGUGCAGUACGAGGUUCGCCGAGCCGCCGCCGAGAAGCCCCGGUCGCUCACGUGCGCGGGCGACGAGUACAUUGCACAGCUGCACGAGGCCUUCCACGUCGGCGCUGGCGGCUUGCGCAUCACUGGCACCGUUGCGCCUGCAUCGAUUGCGCUGGUUCUGGAAGAGGCCCAUGCAGACAUGCACCUCCGCUUCGACGCGCUGACGCUCACGGCCGCGAUCGCGCCGGCGGCGCACGUCCAUUCCGUGGCCAAGCGUUGGCACAGUGCGUACAUGGCAACGGCGGCGUCGCUUGCUGCGGCACAGGCGCGCAUUGCCGCCCUCGAAGCGCUUGUAGCGGAGAAGGACGUGGUCUUGGACGCUGCGAUUCAGGCCAAGGUCGACGGCGAGUCGCGCUUGGUGCAGCAGUGUCUGUUGCUUGUCAACGCCAAGAAGGACAUGAUUGUACAGCUCCAGGACCGAUUGGCGCUGGCGCCAGAGCCGUCGCCAUCGCCCAAGCGCCGGCGGAAAACACCGAUGCCACGACGAUCGACCAAGCCCAAGCGAGCGGUCGUCGAGUCGAGCACCAGCGACAAUGAAAACUCGGAGGCCAGCGCCGGCUCCCCAGACGACAGCUCGGACCACGACGCACCGACGUCGGUUGCCGACAUGGGCAGCCAAGCGUAUGCCACUGCGCUUCCUCACAGUGCCAGCCAAUUUUACUCGGCCGACCAGCUACUAAAGGAAGAAGAAGACGAAGGAAUCGCUGCUGCUCCCAAGGGCACCACGCCACUAGCUACUGCCCAAUCCACUUCCCCAGCUUCCGUACUGCAUCAUAGCGAGGACGAUGCUGACUUUUUAGAUAUGCUAUAAUUGCUAUUACAAUCGCUUGUGUGAAGUUAACCGCGGCAGUCUGCAUGGAGC